AUGUCGUUGUGUAACGAGUUCAAACUUCACGAGAACAUCUUCAUAGAGACCAACGUACAGUCGCCGGACUACGAUGGGGUCGUGUUUAUCCUUUACCCCGACGAGAUGAACGUGGUCCCGCCCAGGGACAUCGGGAGCUUCGUGCACGGGAUACGGAAGCUGGACAAGCACAUCCAGAAGGUCGCGACCGUCUGGAAUUGUGACCACGUGGCGGGCGGGAGGAUAAUCCUGGCGCCGACGGGAGAGGUGACCCCCUACCACGACGCCAAGGUCGUCAAGGACGCGGUGCUGAAGGGCAUGAGGCGGGCACUGGAUGCGGGCGUCAAGAAACCCCUGCUCAUCGUUCAGGAUGCGGUGCACUUCCCCGACGGACAGCUGGUGGGCAUCCUCGCCGCUUUGGAGGCGCUGUACACCCCACUGCAGAUGAGGGAGCGCGAAUUCUCCAGCCCCUUCAUACGUCUCGGCUUGCACGCCGAGGAGAAGAGGACGGAGGACUUCCAGAGGGUGAUAAGGAACGCGAUCGCGUUGGAGAGGGCGCGAAUAGUGGCCAGGGACAUCGGCGGCGGCGACCCCGAGAGGAUGGCGCCGGCCAGGAUUGUCGACUACGUCAGAGAGGCCUUCGACGGCGUCAGCAACGUCACAAUCAAAGUGGUCGACGACGAGGCGGCCAUCGCGAAAGAGUACCCUCUACUGGCGGCCGUUUCGAGAGCAGCGAACCGCGUGGACCGCCACAAAGCGAGGGUGGUCGAGCUCGAGUACAAGCCGUCCGACCUGAGCAGGGUCACGGAGACCGUGAUGCUGGUCGGCAAGGGCGUGACGUACGACACGGGCGGCGCGGACAUCAAGAUAGCGGGCAAGAUGGCGGGCAUGUCGCGCGACAAGUGCGGCGCGGCGGCCGUCGCCGGCUUCGUCAAGGCGUGCUCGCUCCUGAAGCCGCCCCACCUGAAGGUGGUUGGCGUGCUGUGUCUAUGCCGGAACUCCGUAGGCGCGGAUAGCUACGUGUCAGACGAGCUGCUCGUCUCGCGCGGCGGGAAGACCGUCCGCGUGACGAACACCGACGCCGAGGGCCGUCUCGCCAUGGCGGACGCCCUCCACAAGUUGGGCGAGGCUGCCGGUGAGGAGCUCAACCCUCACAUAUACACCGUGGCAACACUCACCGGCCACGCGAGGGCCUGCUACGGCGACAACGUGGCCGCUAUGGACAACCACAGCGCCCGCGCCACCGGCCACUCCGCCAGGCUGCAGUUCAGCGGCGGCAGGAUGGCCGAGGGUGUGGACGUGUCCACCGUCAGGGCGGAGGACUUGGCGGUGAACCUAGGCAAGUGCAGGGGCGACGACCUGGUGCAGUACGACACGGACGCUAAGGCGCGCAACCACCAGCUCGCGGCAGGCUUCCUGAUCAAGGUGGGCGGCCUGGAGGGCAGGAACGUGAGGUACACGCACCUGGACAUCGCCGGGGCGGCCGGUUCUCCCCCGCAGGAACCCACCGCGGUGCCGAUCCUCACUUUGUGCCACGCCCACAAGGUCCUGCUG